ACUUAACCAUCCACAUUUUGCCGCCAACGGCCUCACCACUCCUUCCUCGGUUUCCAAAACCCUUGAUAACUCUGCGCAACCAUCGGCUAGUUCAAGUAAAGCGCCAUCACUAGCAACCGCUGGCUUCCAGCAGACUGUUAAUUGACCUGUCGUCCUUCUUUCAGGCGACCUCUUUGCAACCCAUUUCUCCGAACGGCCGGGCGAAAUCCGGACGGAAAAAUGAUGAAUUUUGACUUCGGGCGUGAUAAAGAUCUGGCUAAAGAUUUCCUAUCCAAUUUCGCUGAUUUAGAUGGCGAGGCAAAAUACAUGAAUAUUCUACAAGAUGUCGCCAAUAGAAAAACCAAGGCUGUUCAGAUCGAGCUUGAAGACCUAGCCAGUUACAAGGAUUUGGAUGAAGAGUUCUUCCAGAGGGUUAGAGAAAAUACCCGUCGCUAUAUUUCCAUAUUUGCAAGUGCCAUUGAUGAGCUGAUGCCAGAGCCAACAGAGGUGUUUAAUGACGAGGAUCAUGAUAUCUUGAUGACACAGAGAACUGAGGAAGGAACUGAAAACACUGAUGGCUCUGAUACAAGGCAAAAGAUGCCUCCUGAAAUUAAGCGUAUCUUUGAAGUGUACAUCACUGCAACUUCAAAAGUCAGGCCACUUACAAUUAGGGAGGUCAGAGCUUCCUAUAUUGGUCAGCUUGUUAACAUAUCUGGCAUUGUGACUCGCUGCUCCGAUGUAAAGCCAUUGAUGCAAGUUGCUGUCUACACGUGUGAAGAAUGUGGUUUUGAAAUUUAUCAGGAGGUUACUGCUCGGCAAUUUAUGCCUUUAUUUGAAUGCCCAUCCUCACGUUGCAAAAUAAAUAGGGCAAAGGGGAACCUUAUUCUUCAACUCAGAGCAUCAAAGUUUUUGAAAUUUCAGGAGGCCAAAAUCCAAGAGUUGGCUGAGCAUGUUCCUAAAGGUCAUAUUCCUAGAUCAAUGUCAGUUCACUUCAGAGGAGAACUUACAAGAAAGGUAGUUCCUGGCGAUGUUGUUGAAUUGUCGGGGAUUUUUCUUCCUAUGCCUUACGUUGGAUUUAGAGCUAUGAGAGCUGGCUUAAUUGCAGAUACUUACUUGGAAGCCAUGUCUGUUAACCAUUUCAAGAAAAAAUAUGAGGAAUAUGAACUUAAAGGAGAUGAGGAAGAGCAGAUUGCUCGAUUAGCUGAGGAUGGUGAUAUCUAUAAUAAGCUCUCAAGAUCAUUGGCUCCAGAAAUAUUUGGACAUGAGGAUAUCAAGAAAGCUCUCCUUCUUCUUCUAGUGGGUGCUCCUCAUCGAAAGUUGAAGGAUGGCAUGAAGAUUAGAGGAGAUAUGCACAUAUGCUUGAUGGGUGACCCAGGGGUUGCAAAAAGUCAGCUUCUUAAGCACAUAAUCAGUGUUGCUCCGCGAGGUGUCUAUACAACAGGAAAAGGAAGCAGUGGCGUGGGUCUGACUGCAGCUGUUCAGAAGGAUCCAGUGACAAAUGAGAUGGUUUUGGAAGGAGGGGCAUUGGUAUUGGCGGACAUGGGUAUAUGUGCUAUUGAUGAGUUUGACAAGAUGGAUGAGUCAGAUAGAACAGCAAUACACGAGGUGAUGGAGCAGCAGACUGUUAGCAUUGCCAAAGCUGGUAUAACAACAUCUUUGAAUGCAAGGACUGCUGUCCUUGCUGCUGCUAAUCCUGCCUGGGGAAGAUACGACCUAAGAAGAACACCAGCUGAAAACAUUAAUCUCCCUCCAGCAUUGCUGUCAAGGUUUGACCUCCUGUGGUUAAUCUUGGACCGCGCUGAUAUGGAUACUGAUCUCGAGCUUGCUAGACAUGUUGUCUAUGUUCAUCAAAACAAUGAAUCACCUGCCCUUGGAUUCACUCCAUUGGAACCAUCUGUGCUUCGGGCCUACAUUUCAACUGCAAGGAAACUAUCACCGUAUCUCCCAAGAGAACUGGAGGAAUAUAUCGCGAGUGCAUAUUCCAACAUCAGGCAAGAAGAAGCAAAAUCAAAUUCACCUCACUCUUACACAACUGUCAGAACUCUCCUCAGUAUUCUUAGGAUUUCAGCAGCACUGGCCAGACUCAGGUUCUCUGAGGCCGUUGCUCAAAGUGACGUUGAUGAGGCUCUCCGCUUAAUGCAAAUGUCAAAAUUCUCAUUGUAUUCAGAUGAUCGUCAAAAAUCUGGUUUAGACGCUAUAUCAGACAUUUAUUCAAUAUUGCGUGAUGAAGCAGCUAGGAUCAACCGGAUGGAUGUUACCUAUGCACAGGCUCUCAAUUGGAUUUCUAGGAAGGGAUACAGUGAGGCUCAGCUUAAGGAGUGUCUGGAGGAAUAUGCUGCUUUAAAUGUGUGGCAGAUUCAUCCCGAUACUUUCGACAUUCGAUUCAUUGAUGCAUGAUGUCGUACACAUGAGCAUUUAUAGCAAUGUAGUUCGAACAUGAAUUGAGUAAGGUCCAUAGUUUGUAUUAUUAGCUUGCUGGUACAAUUAGGAGGCUUGAGCAUGCAUUGAUCGCCUCACAUAAUAUAAUAACUUUUUGUUGAAGCUUGCCUUCCUAAUAUCAUAUGUUAGUAUAAUUGGUGUUUGAACUAAUAUUUAUGUUCUGAUCCAUUUACGCUAAAUGAACAGGGCCCAAGCGUGUCCAAACUAAUACAUAGAAUCGUCCUGAUAGGCUGAUAUUGCAAGAUUUUGGUUUAGACAUGUAGA